GAGGUGAGCAAAGCCACCUCUCCUCGGGGCGAAGGCUGAGACGUGGUGGAAGCCCCACUUCAGAGGCAAUCCCCCUGCGUGCAAAAGAAACACCUGAGUAAGAGCAAAAGGCACCUCACAAACCACAGCCAUGAAUGGGACAGAAGGCCAAGACUUCUACGUGCCCAUGUCCAACAAGACUGGGGUGGUGCGGAGCCCCUUUGAGUAUCCUCAGUACUACCUGGCUGAGCCCUGGAAGUUCUCAGCACUGGCUGCCUACAUGUUCAUGCUGAUCCUGCUUGGCUUCCCCAUCAACUUCCUCACUCUGUACGUCACCAUCCAGCACAAGAAGCUCCGGACGCCUCUAAACUACAUCCUUCUGAACCUGGCAGUCGCCGAUCUUUUCAUGGUCUUUGGAGGCUUCACGACCACCAUGUACACUUCAAUGAAUGGGUACUUUGUCUUUGGAGUAACAGGGUGCUACAUUGAAGGAUUCUUUGCUACACUGGGUGGUGAAAUUGCUCUCUGGUCGCUGGUUGUCCUGGCUAUCGAAAGAUACGUAGUGGUCUGCAAGCCCAUGAGCAACUUCCGCUUUGGGGAGAACCAUGCCAUCAUGGGUGUUGCCUUCUCCUGGAUCAUGGCCUUGGCAUGUGCUGCUCCCCCGCUGUUUGGCUGGUCCAGGUACAUCCCCGAGGGCAUGCAGUGCUCGUGCGGGAUCGACUAUUACACUCUGAAGCCAGAGGUCAACAACGAAUCUUUCGUCAUCUACAUGUUUGUGGUUCACUUCACCAUCCCGCUGUUGGUCAUUUUCUUCUGCUACGGGAACCUGGUUUGCACUGUCAAGGAGGCUGCCGCCCAGCAGCAGGAGUCUGCCACUACCCAGAAGGCAGAGAAGGAAGUGACCCGCAUGGUCAUCAUCAUGGUCAUCGCCUUCCUGAUCUGCUGGGUCCCCUAUGCCAGCGUUGCUUUCUACAUCUUCACCAACCAGGGGUCAGACUUCGGGCCCAUCUUCAUGACCAUCCCGGCUUUCUUUGCCAAGAGCUCUGCCAUCUACAACCCUGUGAUUUACAUCGUAAUGAACAAACAGUUCCGUAACUGCAUGAUCACGACCCUCUGCUGCGGCAAGAACCCGCUGGGCGACGAGGACACGUCCGCCGGCAAGACGGAGACCUCCUCCGUCUCCACCAGCCAGGUCUCCCCCGCGUAGGCCCCGGGCCGGGGCGCCGGCAGCUGGGCCCGGCCCCGCAGCGCCCGCGCCGUCCCAGGGCGCUGCCGCAGGCCCCGCCGCCCCCCGCCGCCCCCCCUCCGGGCUCUGCCCCGGGGCCGGGCCGGCUGCUGCGGGGCAGCCCCCGCCCGGUCCCCCGCCGGCGUGUCGGCCGCACCGUGGCCCCCCGGGGGACGGGUGGCCCCCCGGUGCCGCAGAGGCGACGGCCGCAGGAAGCCCGGCACGGGGUGCGGAGCGGCCGCCGACGGGGGGGGCUCGAUGCCGCCUGCCGCACCGCACGCACCCGGAGCCGGCACCCGCAGCGGGCCGCCCCCCGCCCCUCGUAGUCCCACCGCUCAUCCUCACGCCCCCCCGGCUCCGCGGGCCGUGCCCCCGCCGCGCCCCCCCCGCGCCCCCCGGCUCAGCUGCCGUCCGCCUGGCAUCAGCCCCGGCGGGGGGGCUCGGCCCGCGCUGUGCUUUCGAGGCCGCUCGGCGCAUCGCUCAGCUUCCCUCCGCGCUGCAGCAGGCAAGACAUGGGAGCAUAUGGCUCAGAGAUGUCGGCAUAUGUUUUAAGCACUACAAGAUGGCAUAUUGCAAUUGUAGCAGUGUUCUUCAUUUUUAUUUUUAGCUCGGUUAUACAAAUAAGAUGUUUUUCUCGCUGUUCAGUGUUAUCAACAUUUGAAACUAUUUUUGUACAUUAUUAUCCCCUCUGAUUUCUAAUCCUAUGCGGCUUUGCAAGGUCUAAUAGGGAACAUACAGAACCCAUGCAAGUUAAACCUUUAAUAAAGAGCAAUUUGCAAGUACAA